AUAUUUAUUUCACAUUUUCCAUCCAUUUCUUCAUACAAAACACUCUUAACGCAUCUGUAAAUCAUCCUUUAUUCUAGGGAUUCAUUGUCUACUACAGCCUCGUUCAUACUAAACUAUCUAAGGCGCCACCAUGGACUUUGUGAAUAAAUUGACCGGCUCUGGGAAUAACUCGGGAAACAGCGCUGGAGAGAGCCUCUCGGAGCAGCAGAGCGGCGGCGGCGGCGGCGGCGGCGGCUUCAUGGGCAAAAUGAACGACAUGGCCGGUGGAGGUGCUCAAGGAGAAAAGGACGAAGAUUUUCUUGAUAAAGGUGUGGACUUUGUUCAAGAGAAUUUUCUGGGUCAAGGCGAUCAGAGCAAUGAAUCAGCGGCUGAACAAGCGAAGGACGAGAUGAUUUCGGAUGCUAUUCGUGAAAGGUAUAAGGAUGCUACAGGGAGCGAUUUCCCCAUCAAAGAUAAAGACAAGAAAUACGGAACGUAG